UUUUAAGAAAUAUCUCAGCCGAAAUGUGAUACUUAAAUUUACGGCAAAGAAAAACGUUCCUGGCAAACGGAUCAUGAAGGGAACUUAUUUUUAUGAGUGUAUCUCAGGUGUGAUUAUACAGACUCAUGGACGUCCUGGUGAAAAGCCAUUAACUGAGGAUAAUAUUUGCAGUUUAAUUAGCAAAGUUUUUAAUAAUGCUAAGGACUGGGAGGGUGAGAGGCAGAAAAGAGGUGCUUUGCAAAACAGACUGAGCGAUAAAGCAGUUCGGGGUAAGGCCGAGGAAUUUCAAGAUCUAGAGGAAUUUCAAGAUCCAGAGGAACAUCAAGUUCUAGAGGAUCGAAAGAAGGAACCAAACAGAGAAGAUGAGUCUGAGUUAUCAACAUAAUAAUUCAAAUAUUGUUAUUUCAGUA